AUGAACUCAAACACGCCUCUUUUGCCUGAAGGUUUGAGAUCGAAGAACAUGUCAAUGAUGCAAGCCAUGUGGCGUGAUACUUGUAUGGUUUUCCAGUCUUCUCCGGUCAACUACCUUGUAGUCUUCGUGCCAAUUGGCUUGAUCUUUGGGUAUGGGGAUCUCUCUGUUACUUGGACGUUUAUCAUGAACUUCGUGGCCAUCAUUCCACUCGCGGCAAUCUUGGCGUUUGCCACUGAAGAACUGGCAGCCAAAGCCGGUUCCACACUGGGCGGGUUGUUGAACGCUACCUUGGGUAAUGCUGUUGAGCUUAUUGUGUCCGUCAUCGCCCUUUACAAUGGACAGGUGACAAUCGUGCAGGCCUCGAUGCUGGGAAGCAUUUUGUCGAACCUGUUGCUGGUUCUCGGGUUCUGUUUCUUGUUCGGGGGCUACAACAGAGGAGAGCAAAACUUCAACCAGACGGCCGCCCAAACAAUGUCUUCAUUGAUGGCUAUAUCCUGCGCUUCUCUAUUGAUCCCUGCUGCGUUUCGCGCGUCGCUGCCCGAUAACAACAAGAACCAAGACUUGUUGAUCAACGCCAAGAUUUUGAGCCUGUCCAGAUCCACCUCGAUCGUCCUUCUAGCCGUGUACGUCUGUUUUCUCAUUUUCCAGUUGGGCACUCACCACCAUCUUUUCGAACAACAGGAGGAGGAAACCGAAGAAACCCUGGACCAACACUCCAACGCCCAUACGUUGUCUGUGAAAUCGUCGCUCUUGUUCCUGCUCGUCACCACUGUGCUGGUGUCCAUCUGUGCAGACUUCCUGGUUGGUAGCAUUGACCACGUUGUUGAGACCUCGGGUUUGUCCAAGACUUUCAUCGGUUUAAUUGUCAUCCCCAUAGUUGGCAACGCCGCCGAACAUGUCACCUCUGUGAUUGUGGCCACGAAAAACAAGAUGGACUUGGCGCUGAGCGUUGCAAUCGGAUCCUCGCUGCAGAUUGCGUUGUUCGUGACUCCCUUCAUGGUUCUAGUGGGCUGGGCCAUCGGUGUUCCAAUGACCCUGAAUUUCUCAACUUUUGAGACCGCAACCCUCUUCAUCGCGGUCUUCCUGUCUAAUUACUUGAUUCUAGAUGGGCUGUCCAACUACCUCGAGGGUAUCAUGUCCAUUGCGAUGUACGUAUUGAUUGCAAUUGCGUUUUUCUAUUAUCCAGAUGAACAAGUUAUGGGCACGCUUUGA